AAGAAUAGACGAUUAUCGAUCGAAAUCAAAAACUGUUUAUUUACAUUAUCACCAUAAGAAAAUGAUUUCAGAAUCGGAGGGUGACAACAGUUGUGAGGAAGGACAAGACGUAGCAAGGAGGAGGCUGGAUGAAGCUUUGAUACAGAAGAAAAAACAGUUCCAGAAUUUAAGGAACAUUAAAGGAAGAACAAUAAAACGGCGAGAUACGGAUAAACAACAGAGACUUAUUGCUUUCAAGGAGUCUUACAAAGGGAAAAAAGAGGUACCUCAAAGAAACAAGCCAUGGUCGGUUCUUGAGUGGCAAAACCAUUGGAAUUCCCUUGACCAAAGACAACAGGACAAUCUAGAUCGCAAGAAGUCUCACUGCCAUUUAAGUAUUGGUUCGAAGAUUAAUGAGAUGGCUGCGGAUUACAAUGCCUCAGUAAUUUGCUUAAUCCGUUACCCCAAUGGAACUCAACACACCAAGUAUGUGUUAGUAAGCGGAGGUGGAAUUAAAUAUUCCAAAUCAAGAGACGGUGUUCUAACUGAACAACUCUGGCAUCGAUAUUGGAACAAAAAACAAAAGAAACGACAACAGUUAUGUGAGGAGAAUGGCCUGUGGCUUGAGAGAGCCAGUAAAAGAAAAAGAAAAGAGAGAACAGUGGAAAGGACAGAGAAAGAGAAAAGUAUGCAAUCAGAUUUAGAGAGACUAGAGAAAGAAGAAGACGAGGAAGUAUGGGACAAUCGAAAGGGGAAACAGAGGAAGAGAGAAAGACAAUUUGAUAAUGAGAGCGUAGAAAGUGAAGAAGAAUACAAUGAAAGAUUGGACAGCGGAAUAGAGAAUCAGAACAUAGGAAAAUCACACAACGAGACAGUAGAAAGCGAAGAAGAUAACGACGAAAGAUUGGAAAGGGGGAUAUGGAAUCAGACAAUAGAACAAACACGUAAUGAGAGCGUAGAGAGCGAUGAAGAAAAUGAUGAAAGAUUAGACAGGGGAAUAUGGAAUCAGACAACAGGCGACAAUGGGAAUAAUGAGAGAGUACAGAGCGAUGAAGAAAACGAUGUAAGUUUGGACAGGGGUAUAUGGAAUCAUAAUAAGAUUUAUAUGCAAAACAAAAAAACAAGUUUAAAAAAAUUUCUUUUUACAAAAAAGAAAAUAGGAGAAACAGGUAAUGUAGAAAGCGAAGAAGAAUACGACGGAAGAUGGGACAAAGGAAUAGGGAGUCAGAAAAUAAGACAAUCAGAUAACGAGAGCGUACGAAGAGAAGAAGAAAACUUUGAAAUAUGGGGGGGGGGAAAUGGGGGAACAGGUAACAAAUAUAUACAAAAUAGAAUUCAAAUUUCAAAGAUUGUUUGUUACAACAUAACAAGGGUACAAAGCAAACAGACAAUGACACUUUAGAAAACGAAGAAGAAGACGAGGAAGGAAGGAGCAAAGGCAUGGGAAAACAG